AUGGAGACUAGAUUUGGACCUGCCACGAAUGAAAAGCCUCAUCCAUGUGCUCUUUCCCUCUAUAUAAGUGGCUCCUGCUUUAACCUCAUUUCACCAGAAAAAAAGCAUUCUCGAGUUCAUAUUACCAUAGCUUUAACGGCAGAGGAAGUGAUACUGUUGGACUUCUGGCCGAGCCCGUUCGGGAUGAGGGCCAAAAUUGCCCUGAGAGAGAAGGGCGUGGAGUUUGAUCUGAGGGAGGAGGGACUUCCGAGCAACAAGAGCCCCUUGCUCUUGCAGAUGAACCCGGUCCACAAGAAAAUCCCCGUCCUCAUCCACGACGGCAAGCCGGUCUGCGAGUCCCUCAUUAUUGUCCAGUACAUCGACGAGACCUGGGGUCCCGAGUCCCCUCUCUUGCCUUCCGAUCCCCACGAGCGUGCCCGUGCAAGGUUCUGGGCUGACUACAUGGACAAGAAGAUAAUUCCAGCGGCGCAAAUGGCAUGGCUGUCGACAGGGGAGGCUCAGGAGGCGGCGAAGACGGAGUACAUCGAGGGCUUAAAGGUGUUGGAGAGAGAGCUUGGGGACAAGGCGUACUUUGAAGGCGAGAGGUUUGGAUACUUGGAUGUGUCGCUGAUACCGCUCUAUAGUGGGUUCUAUGCUGUGGAGACAUCGACCAACUUUAGCAUCGGGGAAGAGUGCCCCAAGUUGGUGGGGUGGGCAAAGCGGUGCAUGCAGAGGGAGAGCGUGGCCAAGUCGUUGCCUAACCAGCACAAGGUUUAUGACUACAUGUUGGAGGUCAGAAAGAAGCUUCAAGCGCAGUGACUACUCUUGAAUCUCAGAAUGGUCAUUUCCCAGCUCUUUUGUUCAAUAACCCCUCUUUCCUUUGGACGAGGGUUAGCUCUUUCCAGUUUCAUGAUUUCCUUUUUGUACUUUGAGUGUUUCCGGAUCGGCUAAUAAAUUAUAUGCUAAUUCCGUUUAGCAUUAUGUUUG